AUGGCAUUGUUCCGCAAGUUCUUUUAUAAGAAGCCCCCCGAUGGGCUUCUAGAAAUCACUGAAAGGGUUUAUGGUACGCUUUCUGUUGCCUCGUUUUUUGUGAACAAAUUGGUUCUGGUGGCAGUGAACAGUGUUGGUUUCUUCUCAGUGCAAAUAUUUCAUUCUUAUGCAUUUUGCCUUGGUGGGGGUUGUGUCUUUGAUUACUGCUUUACCACGGAUAUUAUGGAAGAAGAAGAAUAUAGAGUGUAUAUAGGGGGAAUAAUUGGGCAACUUCGUGGUCACUUCCCUGAUGCUUCCUUUAUGGUGUUCAACAUGCGGGAGGGUGAAUGCCAAAGCCAGAUUUCAAACAUUUUGUGUGACUAUGAUAUGACUGUGAUAGACUACCCUCGACAGUAUGAAGGUUGUCCAUUGCUUACCAUGGAGAUGAUCCACCAUUUCUUGAGAUCAGGUGAAAACUGGCUUCAACUUGGGCAACAAAAUGUUGUCUUGAUGCACUGUGAACGAGGUGGGUGGCCGUUAUUAGCAUUUAUGCUAGCUGCACUCUUGAUUUACAGAAAGAUGUUUACAGGAGAGCAGAAAACACUAGACAUGAUAUACAAGCAAGCUCCUCGGGAACUUCUGCAGUUGAUGUCACCAUUGAAUCCAUUACCUUCACAAUUGAGAUAUCUUCAGUACAUAUCAAGAAGAAAUGUUGGUUCAGAAUGGCCUCCUCUUGAUAGGGCACUGACUUUGGACUGUGUAAUUAUAAGACUCAUUCCUAACAUGAGUGGAGAGGGUGGCUGCCGUCCUAUAUUUAGGAUAUAUGGACAAGACCCUUUUAUUCCUGCGGAUCGAACCCCCAAAGUUCUCUUCUCAACUCCAAAAAAUAGCAAACUUGUCCGCUAUUACAAGCAGGUGGUACACAAGAGGGAUGGUUUGAGCGGGAAAUUGACCGCCUUUGCUCAUGAGCAGAAUGGAAGAAAACCUGUAGAGCUUUAUAGGAGAAUACCUGAUUUGAUCAGUUGGCCGGCGCUGAUGAACUCAGCUGAUUGUGAGCUGGUUAAGAUUGACAUCCAUUGUCAUGUUCAAGGUGAUGUUGUUUUUGAGUGUAUUCAUCUGCACAGUGAUUUAGAGCAUGAAGAAAUGAUGUUUCGGGUGAUGUUUAAUACAGCAUUCAUAAGGUCAAAUAUUUUGAUGCUUAACCGUGAUGAAAUUGACAUACUAUGGAAUGCUAAAGAUUGCUUCCCUAAAAAUUUUAGAGUGGAGGUUCUUUUCUCAGAUAUGGAUGCUUCCUCUUCUGUUAUUUCAAUUGAUCUGCCUCGUGUUGAGGAGAAAGAAGGCCUGCCUAUUGAAGCAUUUGCUAAGGUCAAGGAAAUUUUCAGCAGCGUGGACUGGCUAGAUUCAAAGGAAGAGGUAGCAAGUGUGCUCCAACAGAUCACGGCAUCAAAUAUCCUUCUGGAAAGAUUGGACAGUGGGACAAAGUCUGCAGUCCAGGGGAAGCAUUCCACGUCUUCAUUGGGAUCAUAUGUGGAUGCUGAUAUGGAAAAUAAAACAGAACCAUUACAAUCAAAGACAUUGUCUGAAAAUGACAUUGAGACUCUCCAAUGCUCAGGUGGGCUCUCAAACUAUUCAGAUUCUACUAAAAAGGAUACUGAGUUUACUGCAUCUAUGGCUCACGAGAAUCAGGGGAAAGAAUCUGUUCUCUUUAUUGAACCAUCCACUGAUGCUGAUUCAUUGGAAAAGAAGACUGAUUUGUUAGGAUCAAAGGACAAAGCGAUUGAAUCAUUCAACUCGGAUGCAUUUUUGGGAAAUGAUAGCAGAUUCAAAUUUGAACCUAGGCCACUUGCAAGAAUUGAUACAAGACGUUCUACUUCUGAAGUUGAAGGGAAGCCGUCUAUGUCCUCGUUUGAAUCAUCUGGUAGUGCUCCUAUGGAAAAGAACAACGACCCUCGAGUAUUGCCUGUUGAUGCAAACCCAAUUAAAACGAAAAGUGAACCUCAAGAAAUGCAGAUUUCCGUCCAGCUUCCUGCCCAAUCUAAAAUAAUUUCACCCCGGGUGCGUCCAGCUGUUCGAUCUGCUUCAGCUUCUUAUUUUAACUCCUUACAAGGUUCACCUGUAGCUAUCUCAAGAUAUCGUAGUGCACCAUCAGCUCUUGGAAUAACAUCUGUGUUGCAGGAUCAUGCACCAGCGGAUAUCAAAGAAGUAACUCAUGCUGUGACAAGAUCUCCUCUGCCUUCCACAUUGCCUCCUUCAGACUCCAAGGUGUUAAAUUCUAUAGAGCCUAGUUCCACAAGUGUUCCUCCAGUAUCAUCAUCACCUUUGCCUCCAUCUUUGCCAUUAAAAACUUCUGUUGAUGCUCUUAACACUGUGGAAAAGACUUUUGGAUCCUUUUCUCCUGCAGCAGUCAAUCCUCCUCCUCCUCCUCCUCCUCCUCCCCCUCCAUCACCACUAGCACCUUCUCAUACUUCAAAUCUGAUGCAAUCUGAUACAAUGCACAAUGAAGGUCAGAAAUCAUUGGUUAGUCCUCCUCCCCCUCCUCCCCCACCCCCUUCCAUUCCUGAAACAUCACUUUCCACAGCCAAAGAUUCAUGUAAAGGUCCUCCUGCUCCGCCACCACCACCUCCUCCUUGUCCCCCACCUCCACCUCCUAGCCUUUCUGGUUCUACUACAUCAUCAGUGCCACCACCACCCCCUCCUCCAGCUUCUGCAUCACAAACUUUUCCACCUGCACCACCACCUCCACCUCCUAGCCUUUCUGGUUCAACUCCAUCACCAUUAGCGCCACCACCACCCCCUCCUCCUGGUUCUGCAUCCCAAAAUUCUUUGUCUAGCUCCACAAAUGUUCCACCUGUACCCCCACCUCCCCUUUCUGCCAAUGGACUGUCAAAACCUGGAAUUCCUGGACCACCUUCUGUUCCUAGGGCACCUGGACCACCUUCUGCUCCUGGACCACCUUCUGCUCCUGGGGCACCUUCUGUUCCUGGACGUGGCCUGUUGCGAGCUAAUCCAAAAGGUCAGUCUCAGAGUAAAAGGAGCAAUCUGAAACCUUACCAUUGGUUAAAAUUAACGAGGGCAAUGCAAGGAAGCUUAUGGGCUGAGACACAGAAACUGGAUGAAUUUUGUAGGGCUCCAGAGUUUGACAUGUCAGAACUUGAGACUUUGUUCUCCGCAGCUGCUCCAGCUUCUGAUGAUGGAAAAGGAGGAAAAUCAAAUCGCCGUGGCUCGGGGCAAAAAGUUGAGAAAGUUCAACUGAUUGAGCUUAGGCGGGCAUAUAACUGUGAGAUCAUGCUUACAAAAGUCAAAAUCCCUUUACCUGAUUUGAUGAGUGCCGUGCUUGCAAUGGAUGAUUCAGUAUUGGAUGUUGAUCAAAUUGAGAAUCUCAUAAAAUUCUCACCAACCAAAGAAGAGAUGGAAACACUCAAGAACUACACUGGGAAUAUUGACAACUUGGGAAAGUGUGAGCAGUUCUUCUUAGAAUUAAUGAAAGUGCCAAGAGUGGAAAGCAAGCUAAGAGUUUUCUCUUUUAAGAUGCAAUUCUUAGCCCAGGUUUCAGAGCUUAAAAGGGACUUGAAUAUUGUGAAUUCUGCAUCUGAAGAGAUAAGGAAUUCAGUCAAGUUGAAAAGAAUCAUGCAGACCAUUCUUUCUCUGGGUAAUGCUUUGAACCAUGGAACAGCAAGAGGUUCGGCUGUUGGGUUUCGAUUGGAUAGUCUCCUUAAACUCACAGAUACACGAGCUAGAAAUAGCAAGAUGACUCUUAUGCAUUAUCUCUGUAAGAAAGAUAUCGGUUGCUUCUCCAGCAUCCAUCCCUCUCAGCUUGUUCAGAAGAAUUUAUGUUCCUUUGGGAAUUUGACUCUGGUGCUUUCUGAAAAACUUGGAGAACUUCUAGAUUUUCCCAAAGACCUAGUGAGUUUGGAGGCUGCAACUAAGAUACAAUUAAAAUUUUUGGCAGAGGAAAUGCAAGCUAUUAGUAAAGGACUGGAGAAAGUAGUUCAGGAAUUGACAGCAUCAGAGAAUGAUGGACUUGUGUCAGAAAACUUUUGCCAGAUUCUGAAGGAAUUUCUUUCUUAUGCUGAAGCUGAAGUAAGGUCUUUGGCUCAACUUUAUGCCAAUGUGGGUAGAAAUGCAGAUGCAUUGGCUUUAUACUUCGGUGAAGAUCCAGCACGUUGCCCAUUUGAACAAGGUUUGCACCCUUGUGCAGCAUUGUUGCUCCCGUUUGUAUCUACGCUGCUCAACUUCGUGAGAAUGUUCGUAAAAGCACAUGAAGAAAAUUGCAAGCAGAUUGAACUAGAUAAAAAGAGAGCAGAGAAGGAAGCAGAAAAUGAGAAGUUGAAGCUAGCUGCUGCUAAUAAGGAGUCCGAACAGAUGAUGAGGACCACAAUAAAGAGUGGGAAUAUUAAAUGA